AUCUUGUUGAAUAUGCCACAUGACCGCACUUUCUAAGCCUGGCAGAACAUAACAAUUCUGACUCUUGGAACGUCAUUUCGUGAAGGCAGUUUUCUCACAUUCAGCCACAUCCCGAGGACCGCACGGCCAUAAUGACCCGAGACAUAGCAACCGGCGCCGAGCUUCCAGACGAUGCAAUCCAGCGAAUAGUCUUCGUGACCGAGGGAGUACACGUCUACGGCAUCCCACCAAUCUCCAGCAACAAAGGCUUCUCCGCAGCAAACUGGACAUCACCAACGCAACCCACGGCGCAGGAAAUCUUCACCGCGCGUCUUCGAGUCAUCGAAACCUCUGUCGAUGCCUCUAUCAAAGUUGACGCUGUGCUGGAAGACCCGAACACUGGCGACCUCUUCGCUGCUGCUCCGUAUAUCCAUCCGGCGGUCGUCCAGCAGGCUAACGACAGUAGUCGCUUCUUUGCCGUUCGCGUGGAAGGCGAGGGAGGGAUGAAAGCUACCCUGGGCAUAGGAUUCGAAGAUCGCAGUCCGGCACUGGACUUCAACAUUGCGUUGUCAGAGGCGCGGAAAGUGCUUGGAUUCGAGGCUGGCUCUGCUGCUGCUUCUGGCCGCGGAACGGACGCCCCUAGCUCCGGAGUGCAGGACUCAAAGCAGGAUUUCAGCUUGAAGGAAGGGCAGAAGAUUCAUAUUCAGCUUGGCGGGAAGAGCAGAACUGUUACUUCCGGCAACUCUUCCACGAAGCAAGACGAUGCCGCUGCGUUGUUCUCUAUUGCCCCUCCGCCUGGGGCGGGCAAGGGGCCUGGUCAAAUUGCGCCGCCGCCUACUGUUCAAGGCAAGUCGGCGCAAGAACUUGGCUUUGACGACGGCGAGUUUGGAGAGUUCCAGUGAUGUGGGCGAUCAGAGUGGUUCGAGACCGACAUGAUCGCAGCGUUUUGUGGUUGGCUGGACAUUGCAUUCCCGCAUCUAUUCGGUUGACAGUCUCCGGAAGUAUAAUAUCCCACUCUCCUCGUUGGGAUGACCGAUGACUCGGAAUCGCAAAGGAGAACAUAGGAGACCUCAAAUCCCAUGAAACCGCACACGCCCAAAUCAGCGACCCGAGCCGGA